GUUGAGGUAAUUGAAAACCAAGAUAAAUUUUUCUGCAGCGGAGAAGAAAAUAUAUAAGAAAAAACGAUAUUAGUUGAAUUUGGCGCUGGAAAGAAUUUUAGGAUCUCGUUAGGAUGUGGAAAACCUACAUAGUCAGAAAAAACCUACAUAAUAUCAAAAAACCGACCUAAAGCCGCAGUUCAAGUUACGUAAUACCCCUCCCGAGGCCGAACAAGGGGCAAAUGAUAUUUUGUGGGCAGAGGUCUAGGGUCCACACUGAAAACCAAAUAUCAUUAACGUCGUAAUGUGUGCGAGAGAGGAGCGCGAGAAGCGUGCAAUACAUAUGUUAGAGAGAGAUAGAAGCACCUUGUUGCCUAGCGACCCCAGUACGAGGUCACGGAUGCCAUCGGCCGACUCUUUCUAACAUACAUAUUGCACGCUUCUCUGUCGUACACAUUACGACGUCAGUCAAAUUUGAACCUCACCGUAUGUGUAUAUAUUAUAUUUUGUGGUGGGCUCUUAGGCUCGUCUAAGGGUGGGCUCCUAUCACCUGUCAUUUGUAGGUGACAAGUGGAAAGUGGAAGGAGUAGCGGGAACAUGAAGACAGCUCUUCAUGGACAAUAAAUAAAAAAAACUGGGGAAAGAGACAGGUCAAUAAUGUAAUCAAAGCUAAUUGUUUAACGAAAAUAUGACAGCUAGGAAAAUAUAAUGCAUUCUUGAGACCUCGGUGGUCUGUGGUGUUGUGGUGUAGCCGAGGUUUUCUAUGCUCACCUCAAUAAAAUGUUUUGCACAUGUUUUGUGCUAUAGAGGAUUCACCCAUUCACCGACGGGAUAAAAUCCAAUAGUAGAAGGGUUUAUCUCUGUCCAAUAGUGUAACGGGCCAUCAUGUGGUAAUUACUUGAACUAACUGAAGAUAUCUGAUUGGUGGAACGUCAGGGAUUUAUUGAACGAACAAGAAGCAUAACCUUAUUUUUUUGAGGAUCAAUUUUUCAAGAAACUUGCUGAAAGUAAACGUGUUAAAUCAUUGGAAUGCAUAAUUCAAAGAGCAGCUUGGUCCUUUUGAAUGAUUCUUAAUAUUCAUAUGCGAGUUUAAGAAGGCUCCCACCAUGAAAACAAAUAAUUGGAAGCAAACUAGUCAUUACAACAGUAGAACACUCCAAGGCCAUCUGAGCCAUUUAUCUUUAUUGGACUAUAAUACUGACUUACUUGAAAUAAAUGAUCAAGACAUCUAUCCUGCUAGAUCAGAGCUAUUUGCAAAAUCAAGACCAUCCAUUGCACCAAACAAAAUAAAAGGCCCAUACUCCUCUGUGGAAAAUUAUUUGAAAAUACAAUAUGACUUAUUACGAGAAGAUUUUAUUGGUCCACUUCGACAAGACCUUGCUGCCUUAUGCAAAGAUAGAGACACUGUUCAAAAUAUAUAUUUUCAUAAUGUCAAGUUUUUACGUAAAGGAAUAAAGCAGGAUUCAACAUGUCACUGUGUAAAAAUUUUAUCAAAACUGGAUAAGGAAGUUGUUGCUUCAGAUUCAAAAAGGCUGAUAACAGGGUCAUUUCUGCUUUUUUAUUACAAAGACUUACAUACUGCUAUCUGUGGGAAAGUUGAGGACAAUGACCUGUCAAAAUCUCAAAGAUUAAUUGUUAGCCUCCAUCCAGAUACAUAUAUGUAUUUAAACAAAGUAUAUACAAUGAUAGAGUACAGUGUCCUUUUUGAACCUUACUACAAUGCUUUGAGGGCUUUAAAAGGAAUGUCUGACUAUACAUUUCCUAUGGAAAGGUAUAUUGUGAACUUAAAUCUUUCUGUGAAUCGACCUAGUUACCUUGUGGGAAUAACAAGAAAUGUAUAUGAACGUAAUUUGAAUAAAUAUCAACUUGCUGCUUGGCAAAAUGCAGUGAACAAGGAAUUUGUAUUGAUUCAGGGCCCUCCAGGCACUGGAAAAACAUUUUUAGCUCUGAAGAUUGUGAAAGAUCUCAUUAUCAAUUGCAAUAGAGAAUCUCCUAUAUUAAUAGUUACCUACAAAAAUCAUGCUCUUGACACCUUCUUGGAAGGAUUAUGUGAUACAACCAAAGAUAUUAUCAGACUCGGAGGACAAUCUAAAAAUCGUAAGAUGGCUGAAUUGUCAAUAAAGAACCAGAGGAUACAGCAACGUGAACGUGGAUUCACCGGCAAUUCGGCAUUUGCAGUGAAUAAACUUUAUAAAAGUUAUAUCAGUGCUGAACAGAAACUAAAAUCAUUUGGAGCACAUUUGGAUAUGGUGCUUACUGGAGAAGCUAUUGUACAGUUUUCUACCCUGGAUGAGUCACUUCCGAAAUUUUGUCCCCAUAUGUGGGAAGAUGUGGGAUUUAACCAUGAAAAACGGAUCAUGUGGCUAUUGCAGAGUAAUGAUCAUGGAGAGGAUUUCGAACUACUGGAAAAAGCGGCUUCAUUGUUACAAUUAUUACACAAAUCGGGCGGAUGGCUGUUUACAAUGUCAUCGAUUAAAUCGAUUUGUAAAGACAUUGAAGAUUUAAUAAACUGUAAGGAUGUGGAAAUGCCUUUAUCUGUGCAGUGUGAUGAAAAACUUUGUGAACUUUCUAAUAAAAAAUUGAAAAAGUUAAAGGAACUUUUUUUGAAGCAAAUCAGCAAAAUAAAGAAUUACAUGACAUCAGACUUGCCAAAGAUAGAUAUCAGUAAUAUGACAGAUUUAGUCACAAAUCCUUUCAAUAUACCUGUCCGUGGACGAUGGCAGCUUUAUAGGGAGUGGAUCGAUAAAUAUGCUGCAAGAUAUCAUGAGAAUAUCGACAAGGCUAUUGUUGAAUGCAAGGAGGCCUACAAGGAUUUCGACAGAGCGAGUCUGCCAGACAAUGUAGAGUUGAUGAAAAGAAUGAAAGUCAUAGGAAUGACCACCACAUGUGCUGCUAGAAUGCGUAGCACAUUGGAACUGUUGAAAUGUCCCAUUAUUGUGGUUGAAGAAGCUGCAGAAGUUCUAGAAGCACACGUGGUUUCAGUUGUUACGAAACACUGCAAACAUCUAAUCCUAAUAGGAGAUCACCAGCAACUCCGUCCAUCCGUAGCCGACUAUGAGAUCGACACGAAGUAUAACCUAGGUGUCAGUCUAUUCGAACGUAUGGUGAUGAAUGGUGUUGAGUGUCACACGUUGAAUGUUCAGCAUCGGAUGAGGCCCGAGAUAUCAAGACUGAUCGUUCCUGCCAUAUACCCUAAUCUUAAAGAUCACGAAUCUGUCACAAAAUAUCCUGACGUAAGAGGAAUUGAUGGAAAUGCCUUUUUCUUGGACCAUAAUGAGCUGGAAGAAGAUGCAUUAGAACAAAGCAAGAAAAAUACUCAUGAGGCCAGGUUUCUCAUUAGUCUAGCUCAAUACUUAUUGAUGAAUGGUUAUCAGCCUGAAGAAAUAACCAUAUUAUCAGGUUACUUGGGUCAAGUCAAAACGCUCGAUAAAGAGAGGCGGUUGUGUUCCCAUGAAGGCAUGAAAAAGAUUGCAAUUAAAUCUGUUGAUGAUUAUCAGGGUGAAGAAAAUAAAAUAAUUCUAUUGUCUUUGGUCAGAAAUAACGCUCACCGUAGAAUAGGCUUUUUGUCGAACGAAAAAAGAGUAUGUGUAGCUCUUUCCAGAGCAAGAGAGGGCCUCUACAUUAUGGGAAAUAUAAGACACCUGUCUGCCAGAAGUAAAUUAUGGAGACAAAUCCGACAGAAACUUGAAUUUCAUCGUGCUGUCGGUCGAAAACUAGGAUUAAAGUGCCAAAUCCAUGGUGGCAUCGCAUAUGUGCAGUCACCUAAAGAUUUCAAAAAUAUCAAGGAAGCUGGAUGUAAUAAUAGUUGUAAGGUGCAAUUGAAAGAUGUACAGGUGCAAUUGAAAGAUGUACCUCAUAUUGCGGUUGACUCGUGUGAUGGAAAUUCUUCGUCACCUAAAGAUUUCAAAAAUAUCAAGGAAGCUGGAUGUAAUAAUAGUUGUAAGGUGCAAUUGAAAGAUGUACAGGUGCAAUUGAAAGAUGUACCUCAUAUUGCGGUUGACUCGUGUGAUGGAAAUUCUUCAAGGUGUAUAUUUCAUCCAAGUGAAGUAGUGUUUAUUUCGACAAUUUUAUACUGUUUGGCCCCGUCGUGGUUUUAUUUUUUUAAUUUUGUGGUGAUAUUUCUAUUAUCAUACAUUUUUGCUUUGUCUAUGUGGUAGAAUCCUUAUUCUUUGCUAUUUUUUGUUAAGAAUUCCUCUGUAUAUUUACUUUAGUUUAGGUUCAUAGUAUUUUUAGUUGUUUUUACAGUACCAAAAUACAAAUUGAUGUUACCAACUGAAAAGUGUCGAAAAAUGUUACUUCCAUGUCUUAUGUUAAUCUAUCUAUAUAAAUAGUCUAAUCAUAUUAGCAAAUUUCCCUGAAAUAAUAGUAAAGUCUCGUAAUGCGACGAUAAUUUCACGCAACUACUUGAAAUUCUUCAUAUCCGUAGGUUUCGUACUUGUAAAUAACAACAACAAAAUUGGAGUUCAAAGAGCAUUUAAUAGUAAAAUACUCGUGUUUACCUGGCCGAUAUGAAUCACAAACCAUUCCAAAAGGUUAUUUAUAUGCGAAAAAUAAAGUUACGUUUUCUUCUAAACAAAUUCAAACAUUUCGUAUUUGUGAGUAAUAGAGCAAAUGCGCCAAAAUAUUCGAAAAACAUACGUUCUGAUACACAUUUUAAGAAAAAGCGGAUGUGUCAAUCACCUUUUGUUGUAAUUACUCACAAAUACGAAAUGUUUGAAUUUGUUUAGAAGCAAAAAACGUAACCCAUUCUUUUUUGCAUAAAAAUAACAUUUAUCUUCCGGAAUGGUUUGCGAUUCAUAUCGGCAAGGUAAACUAGUGUAUUUGCUAUAAAAUGCCUUUUGAACUAACCCUCUAUAUUGCUCAAUAAACUAGUAGUGAUGGUCGGAAAACAGGUGUUUUGGGAUAAACAAUUAGAAAUUCUCGAAAACUACUUGAUCAAUCUACUUCAAUUUUGUUAUGGUUAUUUAGAAGUAUGAAUCCUACGAAUUUGGAGAUUUUCAAGUAUCUGCGAGAAACCGUCAUUGCACAACCAAGUGCCAAAACUUGCAGUUUGCCUCGGUUUUCGGCCAUAACUUUUUUGGUAUUACUGGGAUCUUUUUAUGUGUUGUCUCAUUUUGUAGGUCUCAUAAAUACCUAAAAAUCUUAUAUAAAGAGUUGUUUCGCUUCUGCCUACAGUUUUGAUUGAAUUCCAAAAACACGUUUUCUCAUUCUUUGUUGCCGAAAACGUUUUCCCACAAUAAUUGGUGCAACCUAUUUCAUGCGUCCAUGUUUUAAAUACCUCCUUGGACAACUUCCAGCAAUAAAACCAGACUUUACAAUUAUUUCGCAAACCAGGGGUAAUUUCGUCUAAUAUGAUUAGACUUAAAAGCCCAAGUAAACGCUCAUAUCUAAAGAAAGUAACAUCAUUUUCAUUAAAAUACUGAGAUUAAGCUUUUAGUUGAACACUGUAGCCCUUCAAGAUUGUUGAAUGAACACAUCACUAAUAUUUUUUCAGGUCUGUGCAUGAUGAAGUGGUCACCAAUACCUCUGUAUCUAAAUGGUUUCGAUGCUGCUGUAUUUUAUAAAAAUAUUUUAUAGGAAUUCUAAUCGACCAUAGUCGACAAGUACAACGUCAUUUUGUAGAACCUAAACAGGAUGCUUUCGUCCGUCUGACCAGAAGACAGCCAACCGUAGACAGCUGUUUCGUGCUUUUUGGCUACUCAUCAGCCUAGUCUAGGAUUGGUCUUUCGUCUCUGGGACAACGAACGAGAGCAUCGCAACUAUCCUCUACCCCGGGAGGUACAGGCCAUUGAAAUAAGACCAACUGAGAUCUUUACAGAUCCAACAAAUAGCAGCUAUGUGCUCUAGCAGUGGUCGAUUCUGGUGAUAGAUGGCGCUUUGUGCUGCCUCAUUUGUUAUCUUCAAUGUUUAUGACAAUUGAUCGAUGAUCGGAAGGUAAUGCUGCAGCAGUGCGGCUAGGAAUUCGACGUUUUCUUAAUAAGUUGACAUAAAAAAGUUUCACGUAAUUGUAAUUUAAUUUCAAGUUAUAAAAUAUUAUAUAAUAGGAAUAUUGUCAUUGACUGUGAUAAGGAUAUAGUUAGUUUAUAAACUAAUCUAAUAUAUGAAUAUAUCAUGUUUUUAUAGGUAUUCAAAUAAAGUGUUGAAAAAGUAA